AUGAAUCAUAGGAUUGUCGAAGUGAAAAAGCUACGGGGAGAAAGCAGGACUGUGAGCGUGGAGGCAGACCAGGUUGUGUACAUUGCUGACACAGUGGAGUCGCAAAUUGCAAUUAGGGGAAAGUGCAUGAAAGUUGUCAUUGUGGACGUGCAAAAGUGUCUUAUUUCUGUGGACGCAGCCACGUGCACGGUUGAGAUAGCGCGUGCAAAAAACUCGCUUCUUUUUGUGGGGAAGUGCCCAAUGACGGUGCUGGAGCAGUGCGUGGAGUGCCGCGUGGGGACGUCCAUGGAGAAGACCGAGCUCAGAAUGCGAAGAAGCACUGCGCUUUCCUUGGUUACCGUGGAGGACGCGCACGGCAAGAGCUUGGAAGAGCUGGACGAAAUAUGCCGGGCGCAGAGCGAGGAGCAGCUUCCUGAGGAGAUACAGGUUCUGCUGGAGAACGGGUCUGUGAAAAGCAACAUAGUCAAGAACAUAUAG